AUGGCCCGCGCGGAAAGCGAGCCCGGCCAGGGAACGGGCACUGCCAACUCCAGCGACCAGCUGCACCUCGCACCGCCGGCUGGCAAGGGGGGCUUCAACUGGACGCUGUUCAUCCAGUCCGUGCUGGCCUCCGUCAAAAUCGAGCUGCUGCCCCGGGAGGAGGUGGUGGUCUACGGCAUCCCCUACCUGCAGAACCUCGAGAGCAUCAUCGACCUCUACCCCUCCAGGACGCUGCAGAACUACCUGGUGUGGCGCCUGGUGCUGGACCGCAUCGGCAGCCUGAGCCAGCGCUUCAAGGACGCCCGCGCCGGCUACCGCAAGCUGACUGGCCCUCACCCCAGCUGGAUCAUCGGGGCCGCCGUGGUGAACGCCUUCUACUCCCCGAACAGAAACCAGAUCGUGUUUCCCGCCGGGAUCCUCCAGCCCCCCUUCUUCAGCAAGGAGCAGCCACAGGCCUUGAACUUCGGGGGCAUCGGGAUGGUGAUUGGCCACGAGAUCACCCACGGCUUUGACGACAAUGGCCGGAACUUCGACAAGGACGGCAACAUGCUGGACUGGUGGAGCAACUUCUCGGCCCGGCACUUCCGGAGGCAGUCGGAGUGCAUGGUCUACCAGUACGGGAACUUCUCCUGGGCCCUGGCGGACGACCAGAAUAUUACGGCGCUCCACGCCGCGGGGCCCGGGCCCCCACCAGGGCUGCCCCCAGCACGCUCGCGCCCGCAGGCUUAUCUCAAGUGGACGGCCGAGGGCGGCAAGGACCAGCAGCUGCCGGGGCUGGAGCUCACCUACGACCAGCUGUUCUUCAUCAACUACGCCCAGGUGUGGUGCGGGUCCUACCGGCCCGAGUUCGCCGUCCAGUCCAUCAAGACCGACGUCCACAGCCCCCUGAAGUACAGCCCUGGGGCCGCAGCCGAUGGACAAACGCUGGCUGGGACCAAAGUUUAA